AUGAACCUCAACUUCACCGCGCCCGUGCACCCCGUCUCGGCGCCGCGGCCCACCUCCUUCUUCAUCGAGGAUAUUUUGCUGCACAAGCCCAAGCCUUUGCGGGAGGUGCCUCCCGAGCACUUCGCCGGCUCCUUAGCCUCCCGCGUCCCUCUCUUGGACUAUGGGUACCCCCUGAUGCCAGCCCCCACCAUCCUGGCGCCGCACCCGCACCCUGCCCUGCACAAGCCGGAGCACCAUCACCCCUACUUCCUCACCGCCUCGGGAGUGCCGGUGCCAGCCCUCUUCCAGCACCACGCUCACGCCGAGCUGCCCGGGAAGCACUGCCGCCGCCGCAAAGCCCGCACCGUCUUCUCCGACUCGCAGCUCUCCGGCCUGGAGAAGAGGUUUGAGAUCCAGCGCUACCUCUCCACGCCCGAGCGGGUGGAGCUGGCCACGGCCCUCAGCCUCUCCGAGACCCAGGUGAAAACCUGGUUCCAGAACCGGCGCAUGAAGCACAAAAAACAGCUGAGGAAAAGCCAGGACGACCCCAAGCACCCGGGCGGCGAGGAGAGCCGAGAGCAGAGCUCCCCGGAGCCCGAGCUGCCCGAGGCGGCCGCCGCCGAGCCCCGCAAGGGCCCCCCCGGCCCCUUCCUGCUGCAGGACCCCGAGGACGAGGUGGAUGUCCUGGAGGAGGGGGACCUAUGCGCCGCCCCCCACCGCCUCUAG